AUGGCGCGGGAACAGAGCUCACCUUCCUGCGGCUCGGGCUCGGGCUUGGGGUCGGGCUGCAGCUCGGUGGUGGAGCCGUCGGGCUCGGGCUCGCUGGUGGCCACGCGUCCACUAGUGUCGCGUGCAAGCAGCCUUGUGCCUUAUGGCGCGGGAACAGAGCUCACCUUCCUGCGGCUCGGGCUCGGGCUUGGGGUCGGGCUGCAGCUCGGUGGUGGAGCCGUCGGGCUCGGGCUCGCUGCCUUGUGCCUUAUGGCGCGGGAACAGAGCUCACCUUCCUGCGGCUCGGGCUCGGGCUUGGGGUCGGGCUGCAGCUCGGUGGUGGAGCCGUCGGGCUCGGGCUCGCUGGUGGCCACGCGUCCACUAGUGUCGCGUGCAAGCAGCCUUGUGCCUUAUGGCGCGGGAACAGAGCUCACCUUCCUGCGGCUCGGGCUCGGGCUUGGGGUCGGGCUGCAGCUCGGUGGUGGAGCCGUCGGGCUCGGGCUCGCUGCCUUGUGCCUUAUGGCGCGGGAACAGAGCUCACCUUCCUGCGGCUCGGGCUCGGGCUUGGGGUCGGGCUGCAGCUCGGUGGUGGAGCCGUCGGGCUCGGGCUCGCUGGUGGCCACGCGUCCACUAGUGUCGCGUGCAAGCAGCCUUGUGCCUUAUGGCGCGGGAACAGAGCUCACCUUCCUGCGGCUCGGGCUCGGGCUUGGGGUCGGGCUGCAGCUCGGUGGUGGAGCCGUCGGGCUCGGGCUCGCUGCCUUGUGCCUUAUGGCGCGGGAACAGAGCUCACCUUCCUGCGGCUCGGGCUCGGGCUUGGGGUCGGGCUGCAGCUCGGUGGUGGAGCCGUCGGGCUCGGGCUCGCUGGUGGCCACGCGUCCACUAGUGUCGCGUGCAAGCAGCCUUGUGCCUUAUGGCGCGGGAACAGAGCUCACCUUCCUGCGGCUCGGGCUCGGGCUUGGGGUCGGGCUGCAGCUCGGUGGUGGAGCCGUCGGGCUCGGGCUCGCUGCCUUGUGCCUUAUGGCGCGGGAACAGAGCUCACCUUCCUGCGGCUCGGGCUCGGGCUUGGGGUCGGGCUGCAGCUCGGUGGUGGAGCCGUCGGGCUCGGGCUCGCUGGUGGCCACGCGUCCACUAGUGUCGCGUGCAAGCAGCCUUGUGCCUUAUGGCGCGGGAACAGAGCUCACCUUCCUGCGGCUCGGGCUCGGGCUUGGGGUCGGGCUGCAGCUCGGUGGUGGAGCCGUCGGGCUCGGGCUCGCUGCCUUGUGCCUUAUGGCGCGGGAACAGAGCUCACCUUCCUGCGGCUCGGGCUCGGGCUUGGGGUCGGGCUGCAGCUCGGUGGUGGAGCCGUCGGGCUCGGGCUCGCUGGUGGCCACGCGUCCACUAGUGUCGCGUGCAAGCAGCCUUGUGCCUUAUGGCGCGGGAACAGAGCUCACCUUCCUGCGGCUCGGGCUCGGGCUUGGGGUCGGGCUGCAGCUCGGUGGUGGAGCCGUCGGGCUCGGGCUCGCUGCCUUGUGCCUUAUGGCGCGGGAACAGAGCUCACCUUCCUGCGGCUCGGGCUCGGGCUUGGGGUCGGGCUGCAGCUCGGUGGUGGAGCCGUCGGGCUCGGGCUCGCUGGUGGCCACGCGUCCACUAGUGUCGCGUGCAAGCAGCCUUGUGCCUUAUGGCGCGGGAACAGAGCUCACCUUCCUGCGGCUCGGGCUCGGGCUUGGGGUCGGGCUGCAGCUCGGUGGUGGAGCCGUCGGGCUCGGGCUCGCUGGUGGCCACGCGUCCACUAGUGUCGCGUGCAAGCAGCCUUGUGCCUUAUGGCGCGGGAACAGAGCUCACCUUCCUGCGGCUCGGGCUCGGGCUUGGGGUCGGGCUGCAGCUCGGUGGUGGAGCCGUCGGGCUCGGGCUCGCUGGUGGCCACGCGUCCACUAG